CAGCUCAAUGUCAUGAACUAUGAGAUCAUGACCUGAGCCCAGUUCAAGAGUCCAAGGCUUAACUGACUGAGCCACCCAGUCGCCCCUGUCCCUGACCCUUUAACCUCCCUCAAUUCCACCUGUGCCUGUGUCCUCCCCAGCCCUGUGUUUUAGGCCUGACUCCAUCAAGGUGACCAACGACACCAGGAAGGAGCUGACCCUGGAAGGUAAGGGUGGGCAAAGGGCUGAGUGGCCCCCGGAGGUCGUGACUCUCCCACCGUGGACAUCUGCCCAUUGACAUUCUUGGGGAGGAGGGAAGACCUUUCAGGAGGCAAGUGGUGUGGCCCCGGCAGGGCUGUCCUUCCUGGAGCUUAUUAGCUUCUCACCUGAGGACCAGCAGGGAAGGUGAGGGUCUUAGGGGCCGACCCUCCCCUCAUCUAAUCUCAGGGUCCGCUCCACGACGCCCCACCCUCGGAAACGUAGUUUCUCCCAUCUGUUUUCAGCGUGAUUAUAACCAGGCCUCUGAAUAGAGUGGAUGAGGUCCUUGUCUCUCUGCACCCCCCUCCCACCUCCAGCCAUCUGUCGCCGCGCCACUGCCAAAGGCUAUGAGGAUUUCUUCUUCCCCUCGGUGGGGGAGAAGGGGGAGAACCGGCUCCACCGCGUCACCAAAUGCACGUCGGGCGUGGAUGGCGCCAUCGACUGUCACGAAGGCCAGUGCCUUGUGGAGAGGAGCGGUCCCGCUCGCCGGUCCUGGGGCGGCGACGGAUGUGCGAUGAGGACACUGUGGGGACGUUUUCGGACUUGGGCUUGGAGGACGAGCGAACAGUCAAGGAUGAAAACUUCCAGGUGGCCUUGGAGGACCUGGACAUCAAUGUGAGCGUGAGGGUGCCAAGGGGGGAUGGUGAGGAGCUCUCCCAGAUCCAGGUCCAGAAGCCCUCCCGCCAGCCACCAGGGCAGGGGCCGGGCUAGGACCAGGAGGCAGUGGCUUUCCAGCCAGUCUGAGCAGGGUGGCUCCCUGUUCCCACUCCCUCUUUCACACAUAUUCUGUGGCGGGUGCACAUCCAGAGACCUGAGGUGGCCUCGUCCUUGCUGUGGGCCCUGCGCCUCCCCCUCCCCCCCUGCCCC